CUUCAUUCCUUCACUCUCUCUCUAUAACUUCUUCUCCACUCCUAUAAAAAUAAAAUUUCAAGAGUGCUUCAAAAUAAUUAAUACAUUCUCUAUUCGAUUUCGAAUUUUUUUUCACGGUGGUUAAAAAAAUAAAAAUCAUGGCGUCGUCUGAUGGAUUAGCGAGCGUUGACCCUUGGUCGUUCCGACAAAGCUUCAACAUCGACUCGUGGUUACUCCCUGAUCCUUUCUCUCACGACAGUGACGUACUCGCUAAAGCUCUUCACAAAUCCAUCUCCGACCCUCUCUCUCCUUCAGCUUACUUCGAUUCCGCCGCCGUCUCCGACCUCUCACCUCCUCAAACCGUCUCUAACGUCUCCUUCGGCUCAGAUCCGGAGAUCGCCGGCGGUGGCGGUGGUGGGGCGAAGCGGAAGCGUGGUCCUGGUGUUGCCGGCGGUAAACCGGCGAAGCGCCGUUCUCGAGUUUCCACCAAGAAGUCUCAGACGACGUUUAUAACGGCGGACGCGGCUAACUUCCGGCAGAUGGUUCAGCAAGUCACCGGCGCGAAGUAUAACGGUUCUCCCCACGGCUUUUUUGCUCCGGUUGUGAAGCCGGAGCCGCAUAGGCUCGCUAGCAGGCUACCACCGUCUGGUGCUUUUGAUGGAUCCUCUGAGGUUCCGACGCUGGAUACGUCGUCGUUUUUGUCUAACCAUCACCAGGAGACUUUGGUGACAGAGUUGGGCUCUGUUUCAGCGCCGGGGAGUUCGACGGGUGUUGGUGGUGGAUCCGCCGUGGAGUUGGAUAGUUACCCGAGCUUCCCGACGCUUGAGUCGUGGAAAGUUAUGUGAUUUAAUUCGGAUUUAAUUUUAGUUUUGUAGAUGUAAUCCUUUUUUUUUAAUUAAAGACCCUUUAGAUCCUCUUGUUUCUCUCUUUUUAUGUUAUGAGUAUCUUUGUUAUCAUUUUGAGCUUUGUGGCUAAGGAGUCUCUUCUUGUUCAUACUUUUGGGGGAAAUCAAUGGUUAAUGAAAAAACUUUUAUUUAUUUA